GGAUUAGGUUAAUUUGAAGAGGAGGUGCUGCAUGUGUGUGGUUUGUGUGCAGCACAGGGGCGAGCUGUAUCUCGGUUACAUUGUGUUUCGGGAAUUGUUACUUUUUGAAACAAGAAUCGGCGACUUUGCUGCGAGUGAUCAGGCGGAGGGUGGGGGGGCGGUGCUGGGGAGUUUGCAGCUGGAGCCGUGGGGAAAAUGCUGGGUUUACUGAGGAGGACUCUCGGUCGCCGCACGGUGCGCCGGCACGCUGACCGGGAGAAGCAGAGGGAAGCACAGCGAUCAGGGAUCCACAUCCCCGCGGCCGGAGACUCCAAAUCCAUCAUCACCUGCAGAGUCUCCCUCCUGGACGGCAGUGAUGUCAGCGUCGAUCUACCGAAAAAAGCGAAAGGCCAGGAACUUUUUGAGCAAAUCAUGUACCAUCUCGACAUCAUUGAGAAAGACUACUUUGGCCUUAGGUUCAUGGAUUCUGCCCAAGUAGCGCAUUGGUUGGACAACACCAAGAGCAUCAGAAAGCAAGUGAAAAUUGGUCCACCGUACUGCCUUCAUUUGAGGGUGAAGUUUUACUCCUCUGAACCAAAUAAUCUUCGUGAAGAGUUAACAAGGUACUUAUUUGUACUACAAUUGAAGCAGGACAUCCUGAGUGGCAAGUUAGAAUGCCCUUUUGACACAUCAGUCCAGCUGUCAGCCUAUGCCAUUCAGGCUGAAGUGGGUGACUGCGAUCCCUUGGAGCAUGGUCCAGACUUUGUGUCAGAGUUCAGAUUUGUGCCAAACCAGACUGAAGAAAUGGAACUCGCCAUCUUUGAGAAAUGGAAAGAAUGCAGGGGUCAGUCACCAUCUCAAGCGGAAACAAACUAUCUCAAUAAAGCCAAAUGGCUGGAGAUGUAUGGAGUGGACAUGCACAAGGUCAAAGGAAGAGAUGAAAAUGAGUACAGCCUGGGCCUGACCCCAACAGGAGUCCUGGUAUUUGAAGGUGAAACAAAGAUUGGACUCUUUUUCUGGCCAAAGAUCAUCAAACUGGAAUUUAAGAAAAGCAAGCUAACUCUUGUAGUAGUGGAAGAUGAUGAGCAGGGGAAGGAACAAGAGCACACCUUUGUAUUCCGACUGGAUCACCCGAAGGCUUGCAAACACCUCUGGAAGUGUGCUGUGGAACACCAUGCAUUUUUCCGACUUCGGGGACCUGUCCAGAAGAAGUCCAACCAGAUAGCCUUUGUGCGGAUGGGCUCUCGGUUUAGAUACAGUGGCAGAACGGAAUACCAAACCACCAAAAUCAGUAAACCACGACGUCAAGUGUCUUUUGAGCGGCGGCCUAGCAGACGCUACUCGAGAAGAUCAACACAGCAGAGAGCGAAUCCUUUCAACAGAAACUUGGAACCGAGUUCUCACAAUAAUGCAGCAAACCAGAAACCUCCCUCCCAGACGGCAGUGGUGAAGUCAGCCAUCCCUGUUACAGCCUCAUUACCCAGUGCCACUGGACCGAUUGAAAUAGAGAACCUUCCCAGAAGCCCAGGCCUGAACCAAUCUGAGAAGAGGAGGCCGGUCCAGACUGAUGGCUCGCAACCCACAGGACGAUCAUGGGACUCGCAGGCUGUGCCCUCUACCGUGGACAGAAACUACACUGAGUUUGUGUAUGAGCACAAUCUGAAGAACUCAGCAGAGCAGUAAAAAAAACAAUCAAUGCCAACCUUUGUAUUGCCAGCUCAAGGAAAGGACAUUUUGAGCUGUCGUUCCUCGGUGAUUAGUACACAGUGACUGUGGGGCAGGUGGAGAGGACCUGCCCAGUGACAAUAUGCUGAGUGCCUUGUACAUAGAGCGGGAUGGGGAGGAGUUUUGCAGCAGUAUGGGGUUGGAAAAUGCAAUGUUUGUUGGAAUCUCCUGGUGACGUACGCCUGUCUAAGAAAGAAUGCCGUAUACUUCCUUUGUCAACCAGCAUUCAAACCAAGUGAGACAAAGUGAUGGUUUUGUUAGAAUUAAAUACCUUUUUCUCCCCAUGUGUGAAAUGCCCCUUCCUCCCUCAAACUCUGGACUUGUUUAGAGAAUUAUACCGCUCUACAAUUAAUUGGAUCCAAUCUUCAUGUCCCCUCCUAUAUUUAGCAAUUUGUGCAGACCUAGCCUCCAGCGACGACAUUGUUUCAUUAUUCUUCAAAAUCCCAAAAAGGUUUUAUCGUAAUUAUUCAUGGGAUUCCUAUGGCGGUGUGUUGGUGGUGGGAGAAUAACAUUUAGAUAUGCAUUAACCUCUGGUUAUUGAGCAGGAGAGCUGUGCAGAAAGUAGAAUGGUAACUUCAACAGUAGCAAUAAAAUGUGAGGCUGGAUGAACACAGCAGGCCUAGCAGCAUCUCAGGAAUUCCCACUAUCACUUCAACAACAGCCUCAUGUUAGCCCUGGGUUUUCAAAGGUAUGGUUUCUUGAAAAUUACAAUUUGACAGCCCAAUGUUCAGCAGUGUCUGUGCCUGUUGCUGUCACCUGCUCCCAUCCUACAUCGUGAAUUGUUAUUAAAAUGCCUAGAGUCAAAAAUGGAAAUUGCUGGAAAAGACCAGCAAGUCUGGCAGCGUCUAUGGACAGAAAUCAGAGUUAACAUUUUUGGGUAAGUGCCUCUUCUUUAGGUGUGAUUUCUCUUCACAGAUGCUGCCAGAUCUGCAGAGCUUUUCUAACAAUUUCUGUUUUUGUUUCUGAUUUCCAGCAUCUGCAGUCCUUUCGGUUUUUAAAAUGUCUAGUAUUGUUUUCUUCAGAAGAAAUGCUUUUCUGUCACUUGAAUGCAGAGAUUUCUGUCUUUAAACCUUUUUUUCAAGUGAAGCAGUAAAGCUUUAUUCCUCUGCACCUUCAGACCCUUUGUUUAUCGAUUUUUUUUUUAAGGGGCAUCAGGUGGUGAGACGGCAGCUUGUGUAGCAACGAGUGUUUUGCAGCACUGUGCUUUGUUAAAAGCUGAAGUUGUCAUGGACAUACUGGACCACAGCGCUACUCUCUCUCAAGUGAGAGACAGACACGACCGAGGUUCGUUUAACUUGAGAGCCAAACAGCUAACUGACCCCAACCGUGUGCUUCGAGAGAGAAGCUGACUGCUCUCCCUGAUAGACACGAAUCUUGACAUGAAGUUGAGUGAUGCUUUGCUUUUUGUAAAAAGGGAUUAAGGGUUUGGAGAAAGGAGGAGAAAAACAUGGCUGUGGUGCACCUGUACAUGAGCUGGGUGAUGUACAACUUGAGUACUUUACUAACGAAGGGUCUUAUUAACUGUGCCUAGUAUUUACUGAUCAAAUGUUGUUCUUUAUCCUACGUUGCUCUUAGUGAUAAAGUCUUUUUCAAGGUUUUUGGAAUUGUAAUCAUUACUUUGUUGACUUCAGUUUAGCCUCUAACACUGAGGUGAUGUGAAGAGUUUGUUUGAUGUCUAUAAAGUGAAUUUUGCAACCAUAUUUGAUUAUUGUGCUGUAUUUCUUUUGCUGCUUUAGAGCAGGGAAACACGAGCUUGGGCUUAUUUUUUAGAGCCAACUACAUGUCGUUGACUUGCAUGUCUCAUGGGAAUGUUGAUUCUAACAGUUAAUGUAUUAACCAUCUGAGGUGUGCAGAUCUAAAAGCUAGCCUGCCAAAACUCAGAGACCUGAAAAAUUCAACAGGCAUAAACCAGCAGGAAGUUUUAACUAAACAUUGAAUUGGGUCACUUGAGGUCUAAGGGCUGGAUUGCAAGGUGUGGAGGUACCAGUGUUGGACCAGGGUGGACAAGGUUAAAAAUCACAUCAGACCAGGUUACAGUCCAACAGGCUUAUUUGAAGAUACAAACUUUCAGACACCUAAUGAAAGGAGGAAAGCUUGUGUCUUCAAAUAAACCUCUUGCACUAUAACAUAGUGUCAUGUGAUUUCUGACCUGGAUUACAAGGGCGUGGAGCUGCACAUUGUAAACGCGCACAGACUGAAGUUUUACAGAGAAGUGCCAGGCCAGGUCAUAUCACAAGUUGGUUACCUUUUGACUGAUCUGACCUUCGACCUUCUAAUGGAAACUCAGCCUUCCCUCUCCAGAGACGACAACUACUCAUCGCUGAGAUGGACCAGUCAUCUUUAUUUCAUUUAAAUACUUACUGAUGUACUUACUUUAGGAGUAGAUGUGGAAAUCGAUUGGAAUCCUGGCCUGUUGCCUGUGACUUUGCGAACAAGGUUUUCCAUAGUGAUAUUCCGGACAACAUUCAUGCAUAGACACAGUGACAAAACCUUCAAAAAGCUUGUCAUUGCCUGUAACAUGCUUCAAGACAUUGUACGGUUGUGAAAGGCAUUAUGUAAAUACAGGUCUUUUGAAAGUUCUCCAUUCUCUGAAUUGUUGCCUUUUACAAUGUGAUGCCAUGAUCCAGACAGCUACACAUUCAAUAUAAAUAGAGACAAAAGAAUCAAAUCUCCCAUCGACUCAUAGUUUUGAUGGUGCAUCCCGUACUUGUAAAAAGGAAGGUGUACACUGGUAUGAUGCCUUUCAUAACCUUAGAAGCACAAACAGCAAAGUAUAUAAGGGUUGGCUAGCUCAGUUCGCUAGAGUAUGGAGCAAAAUGAUGGCGACAAAGUGGAAUCAAUCUUUGUAGUUCGUGGAGGCCUGCUACCUCAUUGUACCACAUGCUUGAUGUGAAGUGGUGUCCCUCAGACUAUGUAAUAAUUGUCUCCUUCUAAUGAAGAGAAACAUCUGUGAUCCUUUGUGGAAUAUGGCAGGUUACCAUAUCUUCAAAUGAGCUGUUUUUCCAGUUGAGAACUUUAAGUGUAGUCAGUGUCGUCAUGGAGGAGAUUACAAAGGGGGCAUCAAUUUGAGAACAGUUGAUCAUAUAAGAACGUAUAUCAACACAUAAAUACUGUGGCUACAAGAGUAGGUCAGAGGCUAGGAACCUUGCAGCAAGUAAUUCACUUCCUGACUCCCCAGAGACUGUCCACCAUCUACGAGGCACAAGUUAGGAGUGUGAAGAAAUACUCCCCACCUGCCUGAUUGGGUGCAGCUUCCAACAAAAAGUCUGACUCCAUCCAGAACAAAGUAGCCUGCUUGAUUGGCACCACAUCCACAAGCAUCCACUCCCUUUGAUGCCACCGCUCAGAGGCAGCAGUGAAUGCUAUCUACAAGGUGCACCGGAAGAGUUCAUCCAAGCUCCUUAGACAGCACCUUCUGAACCCAUGAUUCACUUCUACAUAGAAGGACGAGGGCAGCAGAUGUGUAGGAACAACACAGUUGCAUGUGCCACUCCCCAUCCUGACCUGAAAAUAUAUUGCAUUUCUUUCACUGUCUCUGAGUCAAGAUUCUGGAACUCCCUCCCUCAGGACAGUGUGAGUCUAUGUGCACCAAAUGGACAGCAGCAGUUCAAGAAGGCAGCUCACCCACACCUUCUCGAGGGCAACUAGGGACGGGCAAUAAAUGCAGCAAUGCCCAUAUCCUGUGAAAGAAUUUUUUAAAAGUAGCCAAUAAUAUGACAUGUUUUUUACUCCUUCAUUAUUGAAUUGUAUUUGACAUAAACUGUCAAAAGUCACACAGGAUAUGUCCUCUUGAACAAGGCAGUGGAGACUUGCCAUUUUCCAUUGAGUCUGUAAAGAUCAACCACUUUAGCAAAGAGUGUAGGUAAUGAAUGGGUUUUGAUAACACAGCCCAUGUAUUUGAAGGAUGCAAUCCAGAUUCAGCAGCAUGUCAACUAAAAAUAGGACACUCAUCGGUUUGUGUCCCUUUAGAGGUAUUGCAUUUGUGAUUGAAAGCAUUUUUCAGAUGGAUUUCAUCUGGAAAUUCUCAGCAAAUAUCUCCAGGAAAACCCUUCCAGCUCAGCCACACCUGGGAGUGAGAGAGAGAAAGAAAAACACUUUUGCACAUCUCACUGAUUCAAUCUGAUUCAAAACUAGCUGGGGUCUUCCAACUUUUUGAAGAAGACUGCUUUAAGAAGUUGCAGUCCAUUCUCAUUAAUGAGUUCAGUCGGGCCUCAGCAGAUGAACGCCACCAAAUCCCACUGCUGACAGCUCACAACACCAACAAUACAUUAAGAAGCAAUUUACUGGUCCCUUGCAGUUAAGAUUUUGUAUUUUCAUCAUUGCCGCUCCACUUCUCUACUGUUUGCAGAGUUUUAUUGCAGAAAAUGGUUUGAACAGAGGAGAAAUAAAACCAAUUAAUGUUUUAAUUUUUCAAUUGUGCUCAAGAUAAGUGCUGUUCUGCUCCAGCCCAACUGGAACUUUAUAUAUAACUGUGUUCUCAGGCACCAGUGAGAGGUGAUUUAUAUGUAUCCUCCCUUCAGAAUUUGAACAGCCAUUUCUGAAGGUAGGAGCCAUUUGGCUGAUUUCUCCUCGUCGAUAAGUUCAUUGCUGCACUGCUGCUGCUAGUAGAAUGCCAAAGGCAAGAAUGUGAGUGUCAUGUGAGCAGAAAAGUUUGCAAAUGUAUCGGAUCCCCUGAGGAGCGAUACUGUCUCUGUUGGAGUGAUGAAUGGUCCAGUGCCUUCUGUUUCCCUUUCCAACUCCCCUCCAGGAUGUGCGUGUCAUUGACUGGACCAGCAUUGCCUGUCCUCAUUUACCCUUGAG